AUGGCUCCUGAACUAAAACCAGUCAAGGCUGUUGUUGCUUCUUCUCAUGUUGCUAAAGGUGUCAAUACUCCUGUAUCACCAACCAAAGAUGUUGAUGAUGGAAACGUCACUGCUCGAUCUGAUCCUGCUAUUAUUUCAUCUGCAAGUGAAACUUUUGCCCUCGAUGUUCCAAUAGUUAACAUUGUUGUAUCUCCAACCAAUUAUGCUGAUUAUGGAAACGCCACUGUUCCAUCUGAUGCUGCUAUUAAUCCAUCUGUAAAUGUUGCUCCUGCCCCAACUGUUCCAAUUCUUGUAGCACAGAGGUACAUUGCUGACAUCAAUGGCCUCAUUCAUACAAAAAGCAUCCCUUUCAUCAUUGUUGUUCGUGUUAUGACACUAUGCAAAGUUCCAGAAAGUUCAAAGAGCAACAAAGUUAAUCCGAUGGAGAUGCCGCUGGUUGAUGCUCAUGGUAGUAAAAUUCAGGCUACCAUACUUGGUCGAUAUGUGAAAGAUUUCGUGGAUUUCUUCAGAGAAGGUUGUAUAAGAAGGCUGUCACGAUUUAAUCAUGCUCUGAACAUAAGUGGUGGAUUCCGAUGUGCUAAACACGAGUACAAAAUUGUAUUCGAAUCAAACACAUUAGUUGACUCUGUGAUUGAUUUUGACAUUGACAUUCCCUUUCAUGUCUUUGAGUUUACACCCUUUGCAGAAGUGACGAAUUUCGUGGCUAACUUUGAUUAUUGUUUUGAUCUGAUAGGACACCUUAUUGCAUACAGCGAUCCUAUUGUUGACUACGGCAAAAAGAGAAUUUCUGUGGAGCUUGAAGAUGAAAGGGCUGACAUGCUUAAGUGCAAGAAGUAUUACUCAAAAGCUUCUGUCACUACAAACCUGUUGAAUGGCAUAAUUUAUCUUGCUGAUAUGACCAUGCCUGACAUUUCUGGUUAUAAAGACAGAGCAUUUGAUGAUGAAAUCAAACAAGCAAGCAUUCAAAAAAUAUCCCUGAUGUCAUCUAUAUCUAGAUACACAACUUAUGAAGAUUUCAUAAGUGGCACAAGCCUGUUAUCAUUGACUGACAUUGAAGACGUGGAUGAGCCUGGCUAUGUUGUGAUUUUUGCUAAAAUCACUGGAUUAACAAAAGAGUUUGAUUGGCCAUAUAUAAGUUGCAGAGAUUGCAACAAAAAGUCGAAGAAAUUGAGAAUGUUCAAACUUCAGGUGUAUGUCAGGGAUGAUUCUGGAAGCAGAAUCGUGACAUUGUGGGACAUGAUGGUGUACAAUUUCAUCAAUAAGACUGCUAAAAAUCUACGUGAGCAGGAGGGGAAGGACUACCCUAAAGUAUUGGAUGAAUUGGUUGGAAAGAAAUGUCUGUUCAAGCUGGAUGUGUCCAAUUUCAACAUACAGAAUAGUAACCGUGAGAUCUCAGCAAUAUCCAGUACAUUUUACUUUAUGCAAACUAAAUAUCAGGAAAUUGAUCCUGAGAUGAGUACAGAAUUUUACCAAAAUUUAACACCUACUCAGGAUAGCACUGGUAAGACUGCCAUUUCCUGCACUGAUGACGCAUAUAUGGGAUUUUCGGGAGAUGACAUGGCAGACAGUCCUCCUCCAAAGAAUAAGAUAGCAGCAAGUGGCUAUGAAGAGUGUCAAAUCCAAUGCCAACAAGCGUGCCAGGAAGCUGUGAUGAUGAUAAAGUCAGAGUCAAUUUUCUAUUUCAGAUAA